GGCUCGAGUGGCGGCGAGUGCGAAGAUGCCGCGGAAUGCCUUCCCCGGGCCUGGCUAACUCGACUUACCGCGGCUCGAGGUAGGCACGCGAAGCUCGAAGAGGUCUACUCUGUUCGCGCCGUUCCUCCUCGUGGUCAUUCCAACCGGGAAUUCUCGAAAGCCGGUUGUGCAGCAGGUAAACGCGCACGCGGCCCGCUGCGGCUCGCCGCUCUCAGCGUAACUCUAACAGUACGAAUUCGCGAGUAUUACGACGAUUUCAUUUCAUCAUCGUUUCUUCUUCUUCUUCUUUUUUUUCUUCUUCAUCAUCAUCAUCAUCAUCAUCUUCUUCUUCUUCUUCUUUUUCCACGUCCUCUUCUUUUGCCUCCUUCUCUUCUCCUUCUCUUCUUCUUCUUCUUCUUCUUCUUCUUCUUCUUUCUCUUGUUGUUGUUGUUGUUUUUUUUUCCCCGUCGGAUCAUCGUCGACAUUGUUGAUCUCAACUUUUCAUCUACCACACAGGAAGAGAUUAUACGAUCGCGAUGGACGUCGAAACCGGCGCCAUAUUGGCACUUCAAAUUUUAGCCCUUUGCUCUAUAGCUGCUGCGCUACUCGCUUAUCUGAUGCGACAAUCGAGAAAUGCCGGAGACGAAUACGAGUUGCGAAACAAACGUCACGUACUCGUAACCAACUGCGAUACGUGCGUGGGUCUACAGAUUGCCCUUGCACUCUCUGAAGCCGGUUACAAGGUAUUCGCGGGUCUACCAAAUCCAAUAGAAAAUUCACCAUCCAUGAAAAUUUUAAAGGCGGUAGAACAGGAACGUGAAAAAGAAAUGGACAAUAGCGAGACUAGUAACGAUAAGAUUCAAAUUCAUAUUCGAGGACAAAUCGUGCCAUUGGAAUUGGAUCCAACCAGGGAAGAUAGUCUACAUGCUUCUUUGGACGCAGUCAGAGCGAAAUUACCAGCUGGCGAAGAUGGUCUUUGGGCGGUGAUACACACAGGCGGUUUAGCGUUACCAGGUUCUAUAGAAAAGCAAACCAGUUCAGCGUGGGAAUCUAUGCUGCGACACAAUCUGGUGGCACCCCUUAGAACGGCCAGAGUAUUUAUCCCUCUUCUACGCGUUAAAAGAGGUCGCAUCGUUCUCCUGGGUGAUUCUGAGACGAGCUAUGCUAGCAAAGCUGGAACAGGGCUGGUGGCAUUCACUGCUUCUCGUAAAGCCGUGGAAGGGGCUGCUACGGCAUUAAAGAGCGAAUUACAUUCUUCGGGUGUUGACGUCGUGCUUCUCAAACCACCACCCGUGAAUCCCCUCGUCCUUUAUGCAUCGCCUGUUCUCAAGACAGUCGACGUCGAAUCCGGUGUUACGUCCUCCGAGGGAACGUGGAUCGCACCUUUAUCGAAUUACUCGGUUCAAAACUCUUUAAUACCUGCCUUAACGACACCCUGUCCAUUAAGUUCGUACGAUAUGAGCUUGAAGACCAAAUUAUUCUGCCGAUAAAUAUUAAUUAUAAUAAGAAGGAAAAGUUUUUAUUUAUAUAAGAUCUAUCUAUCUUAUUUCUUUCUCUCAUGGAGAGGUGAAAGUGAUAGACUGUAAAUUUUGUAGUACUAACUAGUUAAAUAACGAUUUGUACAGUUUUGUAAACAAUUUAGAAUAAAAAUGUCUAGCAUAGGAAA